AUGCAAGUUCCAUCACCAGUUGUACGAUUUAGCAUGAGUAACAGUAAUUCACUGUUAGCUAUAGGUGUAGGAAGUGGUGCAAUCGGCAUUGUAGACAUUUUGUGCCGAAAAGUUGUAAGGAUCAUUGAUGGAGCCCAUCGAUCAUCGCUUACUGCUUUGGGAUUUUCACCUGAUGGUAAAUGGCUUGUCAGUGCUGAUGACGAGGGUUUAAUUAAAAUUUGGGAUCUUGUUACGAAUAGCCUUAUUGAUGUUAUCAAGUGUGAAUUGCAUUGCAUAUCAUUUUGCUUCUCACCAAAUGGAGAAUAUUUGGCUACAUGUCACCAUGGACAAAAGAGCAUAUAUAUUUGGGCUAAUAAAGUAUGGUUCACUCCUGUGAAUGCUUUGAAAGCACUACCAUUGGAUUACGUUCCCGAGGAUUCUUUAGCUCUACCCGUGCUAAGAAAUUUGGAGAAUGAAGUGCAGUGUUCAGUAGAAGAGGUUGAAGUGCCUAUGGAAAUUGCAUGUGAAAAUAUACAGAAAGUGAAGCAGGUCGAAGGCCUUGUAACUUUAUCGGGUUUGGCACCUUCACGCUGGGUGAAUUUGCCAUAUCUAGAUGUAAUUCGAGAACGAAAUAAACCAAUCGAACCAGCGCGAAAACCAAAAACUGCACCGUUUUUCUUACCAGCAAUGUCAACACUUGAUGGUUUCGAGUUUGAAAAGGUGAACGUUGGUGACGAUGAUGUGGAGCGACGCAAUGUAUUAAUGGCGAAACGAAGUGUCCUGGAAAUUGAAUCUUCUUUCGCACAAACUUUAUUACAGGCUUCAGACGAUGCUGAUUUCAUCACUGCAUUUGAAUCUUUGAAGUGGAUGAGUAUCUCCACGAUAGAUUUCCAAAUUCACAUACUGCCGGAAAGAGCUGUGAGCAGUUUUUUGAAAAUGCUUCUCACAGUUCUCAGGAACCAUUGUGAUUUUGAACUUGUCCAAGCCUACUUAGCCACUUUCUUGAAAAUCAAUCGGAAUAAGCUGUGGGUUAGCUGUGGUAAAGAUGAUGAUUUGGACAAAACAUUGGGCAAAUUAGCUGAUGAACUGAAGAAGAGUUGGGAAGAAAUUAAUCGAUUGAUGCUUCAUAAUGCUUCUUUACUGCAGUGGAUAAAGACAGCUCUGUUGUAG